AACCUGCUUCGUAAUGUUGAUGCUAAUAAUACUGAGAAUAGCACUACAGUGAAGAAUUCUAGUUUGUUGAGUGGAUUCAGAGGAGGUUCUAGCUACAAUCAUGAAACAGAGACUAUCUUUGCAUUACCAAGGAUGCAGCUUGAAUUUAAAUCCAUUCAUGUUCAAGAACCACAGGAACCUUCAUUACAGGAUGCCAGCCUGAAGCCGAAGGUAGAAUGUAGUGUGGUGACAGAGUUUACUGACCACAUUUGUGUGACUAUGGAUGCUGAGCUCAUCAUGUUUCUUCAUGAUUUAGUGUCAGCUUAUCUUAAAGAAAAAGAAAAAGCCAUUUUUCCACCUCGGAUUUUAUCUACUCGACCAGGACAGAAAAGCCCAAUUAUUAUACAUGAUGACAAUUCCUCUGACAGAGACAGAGAGGACAGCAUCACUUACACGACUGUGGACUGGAGAGAUUUUAUGUGCAACACAUGGCAUCUAGAACCCACUCUCAGAUUAAUUUCUUGGACUGGAAGAAAGAUUGAUCCAGUAGGUGUUGAUUAUAUUCUUCAAAAACUGGGCUUUCAUCAUGCCAGGACUACUAUUCCUAAAUGGCUUCAAAGAGGAGUCAUGGACCCCCUUGACAAGGUUCUGUCAGUUCUUAUUAAAAAACUCGGUACUGCACUACAGGAUGAAAAGGAAAAGAAAGGAAAAGACAAAGAAGAACACUAAAAAAAGUAACUUGAUCUGUGAACAAAUUAAGAUUGUGUCUGUUAAGUUUUAUUACACUGGAGUGUUUUUUUUUUGUAUAGUAAAAUUAUUUUCAGUAUAACUUAAAAUAACUCUAAUUUUGUGGCCAUUAUAUUGAAAGUUUGUAAGUUAACCUGUUUAUUCUAGUUCCACCAUUCUAUAUACAGUGAAGUAUUGCAUGAUAAUGUACAUUUUGUGAAAAACUAGAUUAAAAUAUAUAAAUCUGCUCAGUAGGGUUUAUAAUCGUAUUAUGUGCAAUAUGAUUCCUGCAUCUUUAAAAUAUUUUCAGAGUAACUGUGAAUUUUUGUUAUUGGCCAUAACUUUUAGAAAAAAAUCUUAUUGAUAAUGUGAUCUUUUUUUUUUUUUGGUCAUUAAUUGCCUUUUCUUUUUUUUAAAUGUAGUCUUGUAUAAAUACCUAUUUGUAUAUAGUUUGAGUAAUUGUGAUAUGAUUAUAACUAAAAUAUUGUUUGUAACUAUUGUAAUAAAGUCACAAUAAUUGGUUUCAAAAAAAAAAAA